AUGCCAGCUGCUCGAGCGCCUGACGUAGAUGCACCGGCCUCAGAGCGCACGCCUCUUUUGAAUGCUGCAUCGGCCAAUGCGUCCUCGCCGCAUGACGACGUACCCCGCACUGAUGACCGAUCAAAUGCCCAGGAACUGUACAGGGUCAGCAGCCAUCCAGCGGACGGCCUCAACCUGGCCCCUGGCGCCGAGGAGGCAGUCCUCUCAGAGCCUGCGCCCGGCGAUGAGAGCAAUCGAGACGGGGACUCUCCGUAUCUUGCCGGGGUGAGCGUGACCAAGUUUUGGUUGAUCUUUGGGGGAGUCCUGUUGCAAUAUUUUGUAGCAUGCUUCGAUUCGACUUUGAUGGCAUCAAGCCAUCCGGUCAUAACCUCUUACUUCAGGUCUUCCAACUCAGCCUCGUGGCUGUCCACCGCCUUCCUUCUUACCUCUACAGCCUUCCAGCCUCUGCUAGCUCGUGUCUCCGAUACGAUUGGACGCCGCCCCAUCUAUCUCUUCUCGCUAGUCAUGUUUGUCCUCACGACGGCGUGGUGCGCCUUGGCUCGGAGCAUUGGCAGCUUCAUUGCCGCAAGAGCAUUCUGUGGCCUAGGUGCCGGCGGCGUCCUGGCCAUGGGCUCAAUUUUGACCAAUGACCUGGUGCCCAUCGAGAUCCGGGGCAACUAUCAAGCUUACAUCAAUCUUUUCUUCGGCCUUGGGCAGGCCUGCGGAGCCGCGUUCGGAGGCUUUCUUUGCGACACGCUGGGUUGGCGAUGGACGUUUGGCAUACAGAUUCCUGCUCAACUGUUGAUCCUCGUGGCUGCGAUAAUCACCAUGCCCGACACUCUUGGUCCGAACUUGGCCAGGAACUCGGACAAAAGUGCCUUCCAGCACAUCAAGACGUUCGAUUUGUUGGGUUCGUGUCUCCUGACGACGUCAGUUGCAUUCAUGAUCUUGGGACUCAACCUGGGCGGUAAUGUUCUGUCGUGGGAGCAUCCGUUCGUCAUCACUUCUCUAUGCGUUUCUGUUAUCGCUGGUUUCUUCCUCAUCCGAGUAGAGGGCAAGGCUGGCCGGCCAGUCAUGCCUCUGGCGAUGCUCUUCACGGCGCCGAGGGGUAAUCUCGUCUUUUCCAACCUUUUCGCUUCGAUUGGAAGCAACACCGUCAUCUUCAACGCACCACUGUAUUUCCAAGCCGUCAAACUAGACUCGGCGUCGCAGUCCGGCUUCCGCAUGGCGGCUCCUUCGCUUGCCAUAAUGAUAUGUGGCGUGUCGUCUGGAUUCAUCAUGACGUACACGCGCCGCAUGAAGGAGCUGAUCGUAGGUGGUUCGCUGAUCGCGCUGGCGGGCGCCAUUUGCCUUACGAGCAUGUGGGACGGUAUUCCAGCAUGGCUUGCCACCGUCUUUGUCGUCCCGGUCAGUACCGGGCUAGGCUUUUCCUACCCAGCCACAUCGCUAGCUGUGUUAGCAACCAGCACACAGGAGGAUCAGGCAGUGAUGACGAGUACGCUGAGCCUCUUUAGAAGCCUCGGGGCGGUGUUCGGCGUCGCCAUCAGCAGCCUAAUCGUGCAGAAUGCGUUGUCGGUGGACCUGGAGAGAUAUGUCACCGGGCCCGAGAAGCAAGAGAUUAUUCUGCGUGUUCGCAAAUCCGUCCGCGCCAUAUUCGAUCUUACCCAAGAACACCGAGUGGAAGUUAUCCGGGCGUACGAGCACAGCCUCCGCUACGUCUUCGCAUCCGCCAUUGUCCUGUUUGUACUGGUCAACGCCCUAGUAGUACCGAUAAAGCUGCCUCGUCUCGGUAACAGAACGAGAUAG